AUGGCGUCGACUGCCAGGGCAGCAGGUAUUAUGGAUUGGCUGCUCGGACAGCGGGUGCGACGAACUGGAGAGCUUGGUCUGAGAGGAACCGAACGCGACCGUGCGCUGGUGGAGUUGAAUGUCCUUGAGCAGGUGCACUCGUUAAGUCAGUCUGCUGAGGCUGCAGAGGCUUUGCAGAAGCACCAGCUCAAUGUCUGGGGCAUGGUCUACGACAAGGCGUCGAAAAAAGGUUAUCAAUUAGUAGAAGCAUGA